CCAUAUUAUGUUGAACUUUGGGCUGAUCUGAGCCCAAAUACACAGACUGUGGACCACAAGAGUUUUCUUGAACUCGGGUUUAAUGGCUAGUAGUGAGUAACCCCACGUGUCGUCUCUAGCCUUGCCUAGCCUAGCCUAGACUAGACAUAGCUAAAGUGAUAGGCAAUAGAUGUUGCUGACAUCAUCCCCACCCAUUGCAGUAUUUUCACUGCCCCGACGAUAUCGACGUCCAAAACCGUCAUCUAUUGUCUUCAUACGAUCCUCGGCGUCAAUGGAGGCUGCACAACCGAAAAAAGUGGUGGUUUGCGGCGGGGGAGUGAUCGGAGUGUGCACCGCUUAUUUUUUGUCCAAAAAGGGUGCCGCGGUGACCUUGGUGGAGAAGUCCUCCAUCGCCUGCGCAGCUUCCGGCAAGGCGGGAGGGUUUCUAGCCCUAGAUUGGUGCGACGGCGGCCCCCUCUCCGCUCUCGCCAGAGCUAGCUUCGAUCUCCACCGUUCGCUCGCGGAACAACUCGAUGGUCCCCAAUCGUACGGCUACCGUCCGCUGACAACCCUCAGUUUCAGCAUCAAGGAAUCACAGUCGUCGAAUCCCUCGAGAAGCCGUAGCCCAGCGCUUCCGUCUUGGGUCGACGGCCCAGCUAAGGGCCCAAGAACCAUUGGGACUGUUGGUACGACGGCCCAAGUCCACCCUCAGCUAUUCACCAAAGCUUUGUUGUCUAAAGCGGUGGAACAGCACGGCGUUGAGGUGGUGAUCGGUAAAUUAGAGAGAAUUGAGGCGGCGGAGGGGAGAGCCACGGCGGUGGUGCUGGAAGGAGGGAGACAGAUAGAAACCGACGCUGUUGUCUUGGCUCUUGGGCCAUGGACUAGCAAAUUGAGCCUUUUGAAUUCCAUUUUCAGGGUAUAUGGGCUUAAGGCCCAUAGCAUUGUCUUGGAGCCCAAAGCUCCUGAUUCAAUAACACUCCAUGCAUUGUUUCUUAGUUACUACCCGGCCCAAGGUGGCGGCCCAAUGGAUCCAGAAGUGUAUCCUCGUCCCACAGGGGAGGUAUAUGUAUGCGGAAUGUCAGCAAAGGCAGAGGUCCCCGACGAUCCAGAGCAGAUAGCUCCGGUCCCGGAAUCAAUUGCGGUGCUUAAGAGAGUAGCCGGAAAUGUGUCAAGCCAUUUGGUGGAAGGGGAAGCGGCGGUGAAGGCGGAGCAAUCCUGCUUCCUGCCUUGCACCGAUGAUAGCGUGCCGGUUAUCGGCGAAGUUCCCGGCAUGAAGGGAUGUUACGUUGCGACUGGCCAUAGCUGUUGGGGUAUCCUAAAUGGCCCUGCCACUGGUGCUUCCAUGGCGGAACUUGUGAUGGAUGGUCGAUCUAGCAUCGUUGAUCUCAGCGCAUUUAGUCCGUCACGAUUUGUUCGCGCUGCCAAGUCCUAGAACGAACUUUUGGUGUGUGUGUAUAUAUAUAUAUAUUGAUCAAGAAGGUUUCAUUCUGAUAGUACAGUGUUUCAUUCUUGGAUCCUAGAAAGCAUGCUGAAUAAAGUUCUAUUGGUUUCUUAAAA